AUGAAUAACAUGCAGCGCUCAUCUAUGAUAUUCCAAGAUCCCCGAAGCGAUUCUCGAGAUUCAACUGAUAAACAUGAUGCAUCAACCGGUUCAUCGACUGAUGCAGCAGGGGAUGUGCUUUCGAAACCAAUUAUGAAUAGAUACGGUAUUGGUGCUAAGCUUCUCUCCAAGAUGGGCUACAAACAAGGACAAGGUCUAGGUAAGAAUAAUGAAGGUAUAACUGCCCCAAUAAAAACUCAAGAAAGACCCCAAGGUGUGGGAUUGGGCAUGCCAGGCAUGAUGACUGCAAAGAGUGAGAUAGAGGAUUAUGAUUAUGAAAGCUCUGAUGAGGAUCCCGCGACUGCAGCCUCUACUGGAGUUCAAUUCACUAGUAGUAAAACUCUAAACGUCGAUGUUGCUAAUUUAAACGGCUUGAGGACACUGGGACAUCUAAAACUGGCGGCUAAGCUUGAAGAUACCAUUAACGCAGAUCUAAUAUCAUAUACUCGCAAACUCGAGAUUGGGCGUGCCGUGAACGAGAUAGUAAACAUUGGUGACAGGGUUGAUCGUCUACGGCUUAGACUAUCAACUUUAGACACUGAGAUCGAGAGUUACUCCAGCGAAGAAUUGCAAGUAUUGCAACUGGAGCAAAUUAUAACCAAGCCCGUGCCUAUUAUCGAAAAAAUUAAUCUAGCAAUGGCUCUAGACAAUAGUGAGCUCACAGAUAAGCUGGUGGCUUAUUUGCUGCAAUGUGAAUUAAAGAAAUACUACGAAUCGUGGGACCCGCUCGACUUUGAUAGUACUGUCGUAACAAUGCUCAAUUCGAUUGUCGAUCUGUUGUCUUACCAAAUGGAAAGUAUGCAGCCUAAACUCAACAGAGUACAAACGGUGCUAUAUCGCUUUGUUUUCGAGAAAUUGAGACCAACCUGUGAAAGUUUCGAAGUUUCGGAAGAACAGGUCAGCAACAUGCUGCUUAUUCUUUUGAACUACGAAAGAGUGUUUGAUUUUAUUAAUUGCACCUUUUAUAUUCUUGAGGCUUACAUCAUACCUGCUUUGCGCCGUGCUAUCGAAAAAUGGGAGGUUUGCCAAGACUCCAUAUCAUCCCCGGCUCGCUGGUUCUUUGACUUUGCCGUCUUUUUGAAAGAUAAUACAUACAGUGCACUGGAGGAUGAAAUUAAAGCUCGAUUUAGUAGUUACUGUGAAAACUGGUAUCAUCGAGAGACACCAAUUAUGUCCACCGACCUUCGAUUUUUGAGAAAAGCACUUUCAUCUACAACGUUUGACUUGAUAGUCUUCGACAAAUUUUUGCCUAGGUUUGUCAAUCAAGUAUGGAAUCGCUAUUUUGAUCCUCUUUUGAGCUUAGAAGAACCAGGCGACGACUCUUUGGAUUACUUUUUUACCAAGUUUCACGAGUGCGAACCAUUUUUUUCAAAAGAUUGCCUUGAGGUCUUUACAAGGGCGAUGUUCAAUGACAUAAACCGUAUUAUUUAUCAGUGGUUUUGCUUUUCGCCCCGAAAUUUCCGCGGAGAAUCGAAAUCUUGGCUCAUUUCAAUCGUUAAUCGUAACUUUACCCAUCCAACCGAUAUUGAUAUUUGUGAGAUAAAGCGUACCCUGCAGUUCUUAGAAAACCCCUCUACUGAAGCAAUUCAUAACGAGUCACUAUCAAUAGAAAAGCUACUUGGCUUGCGUGGGGAAAAGCCAGAAAACCUCAAUCUCAGGUCUAUUCCACUAUCCAAAGUAGCAGUCUCUUUCAGAGAUGUGGUUCAGGACUACUGUGAUGAGCAUGGCAUUUUUUUCCGAAAGAUCAGUAACAAAAAUGUGAGCUUACCAGUAGGGCCUUCUAAGAAUAUUGUUGUUCCAGUUUUCGACCUUCGCUUAGGAGCAGCGGCAUGUGAGGUCGCCAUCAAUGAAGACGUACUUUGGAUGAAGGAUUUGCGCUCUAAUUUCAAACCCAUCUUUCUAUGGCAGCUCGGGAAUUUCUUGCACUAA